CAAAAUGAAAGUAGACAAAAGUUGACGUGAGCAUGGUAAGUUGAGCUUAAAAACACACAAUCCAGGAGUCUCAAUAAAGAUCCUGCCCCCCUCAAAUCUGAACGUAGAAAGAAAACAAGUCUUAAAGAUUAACACAACAUAUGUAAACCAAAAUGGAUAUGUUGACAAUGAUAGUUUGACUUACUAAGAAAGGCAACUGCUCUUGGGAUCAACAUGAGGAAAAAUCAAAAUGUGAAAAUAAAAGGCGAGAAAGUCACACUUAUUCCAUACGAAGCUCUCCAUGUACCCAAGUACCAUUCUUGGAUGCAAAGUGAAGAAUUACAAGAGCUGACUGCAUCAGAACCAUUGUCAUUGGAAGAGGAAUAUGAUAUGCAAAGAAGCUGGAGAGAAGAUGAAAAGAAAUGUACCUUUAUAGUUCUACAAACUGUGGGUGUUGAUGAAGAACAAGAUGAAAUAGGCCAAAUGAUUGGUGAUGUUAAUAUUUUCUUCAAUGAAGAGGAAGAUUUACACUGUGGGGAAAUAGAAAUUAUGAUUGCAGAACCAAAGGCCAGAGGUAAAGGUUGUGGGAAGGAAGCCUUGUUUUCAAUGAUGAGAUAUGGAAUAGAAGAACUUAAUAUGAAGAGAUUUACAGCAAAAAUUGGCAUGGACAACAAACCUAGUUUGGCAAUGUUUAAAAGUAUAGGAUUUAGUGAGAUAUCCAGGAGUGAAGUGUUCAGUGAGAUAACUCUAGAACUAAAUAUUGAUGAUGACUUUAAGAAAACUCUGUAUGACAAAACAAAUAUGUUCCAAAUCUUAAACUACAGAUAACAUUAAAUAAAACAUAGUAUGGAUAUAGCAGUACCAGGGGGAAAGGACGAAAGAAAGAGCUAAAAAAGUCUUUAAAUGAAUUUCAGCAAACAUAUUUAUGUUGUGUUUAAUUGACAAUACAAUCAUCAACAAAAUAGUAUAAUUUAGAUGUAAAAAUAUGAAAAAAACUGUUAGUUUUUAACAUUCUGAGGAUUUGAUAAAUGCUAUAAAUGCUAAGUACUUAUUUAAUUGAAUAGUAUAGUCUAUUAACAGCACAAGCAUAAUGUAUAUUGUGAUGAAUUUCAAAGGUUCAGAGAUGACAUUUUUAUGAAAAAAAAUGUAUUUUAAAAUGUCAGAAUUGUUUUUUAUAAAUCAACUAUUCUGUUGCAAA